AGACGGAGCUACGUCACCUGUGCGUGGUGACGUCGAUGUGCACUUGUGUUCAGCACCGGGAGCUGUCCGUCUGUACGUGCCAACGCCAACAAACCCACUAUUACGGUGAGUAUGGCAAAGGUCCAGCAGGUGGGGCUGCUGGCAGCCGGGUGUCAGCCGUGGAACAAAGAUGUAUGUGCUGCCAGUGGAGACCGCUUCGCCUACUGCGCCACUCUCGCCAUCUACAUCUACCAGUUGGAUCAGCAGUACAAUGAGUUCAAGCUGCGCUCUAUCAUGUCUGAACAUAAGAAAACCAUCACUGCGAUCAGCUGGAGCCCAGAGAACCCUGACCUAUUCGCUUCAGCCUCUGCAGACAACCUGCUCAUCGUGUGGAACGUGGCCGAGCAGAAGGCCGUGGCACGACUCGACAACACCAAAGGAGUGCCUGCCUCUGUGAGUUGGUGUUGGAACUGUUCGGAGGGCGUUGCAUUUGUGUCUCGGCGCAGCCCUCUGUACAUUUGGGUUUAUGGGGGUCCGGACCCUGGGGUCACAGUGCAUAAAGAAGCCCACUCCUUCCUCUCAGACAUCUGUCUCUUCAGAUGGCACCCGACCAAGAGGGGCAAGCUGGUCUUUGGACACACCGAUGGGAGCCUGUCAAUAUUCCAGCCAGGUAGUAAAAGUCAGAAGCAUGUGUUACGACCAGAGGCUCUGGAGGGGACAGAUGAGGAGGACCCAGUCAGUGCUCUGGAAUGGGACCCUUUAUCCACAGAUUAUUUACUGGUGUCUAACCUGCACAAUGGGAUCCGGCUGGUGGACAGUGAAGCAUUGUCCUGUAUCACCUCUUUCUGCUUUCCCUCCUCGGCUGCUUCUGUCCAGUGUCUGGCCUGGGUCCCCUCUGCUCCAGGCAUGUUCAUCACUGGAGAUUCGCAGGUAGGAGUUCUCCGAGUGUGGAAUGUGUCUCGCUCCACGCCUCUGGACAGCUUUAAAGUGAAAAAGACUGGAUUUCAUGCUCUGCACGUCCUCAACUCUCCCCUCACAAAGAAAGCCCAGAGUGCAUGUUCUCCCAGUAAGAGCCAGCACCUGAGCUCCACCAGUGAAGCCGUGCCUCCGCCCACUCUGUCCCAGAACCAGGCCUUCUCCCUGCCCCCAGGCCACGCCGUCUGCUGCUUCCUCGACGGAGGGGUGGGGCUCUACGACAUGGGUGCCAAAAAGUGGGACUUCCUACGAGACCUGGGCCACAUAGAGACCAUCUUUGACUGUAAAUUCAAACCAGAUGACCCAAACCUUUUAGCUACGGCCAGUUUCGACGGGACCAUCAAAAUCUGGGACACGAACACUCUGACCGCUGUGUAUACGUCACCAGGCAACGAAGGUGUGGUCUACUCCCUGUCAUGGGCCCCAGGGGAUCUAAACUGUAUCGCAGGGGCCACGUCUCGUAAUGGAGCCUUCAUCUGGGAUGUACGAAAAGGAAAAAUUAUCACACGCUUUAAUGAGCACGGGAAAAAUGGCAUAUUCUGUAUUUCAUGGAGUCACAAGGAUUCCAAGAGGAUUGCUACCUGCAGUGGAGAUGGAUUCUGUAUAAUCCGUACGAUUGAUGGCAAAGUCCUGCACAAAUACAAACAUCCAGCUGCUGUUUUUGGCUGCGACUGGAGUCAGAAUAACAAAGACAUGAUUGCAACAGGCUGUGAAGAUAAGAAUGUUCGUGUGUAUUAUUUGGCCACGAGCUCAGACCAGCCUCUUAAAGUUUUCACAGGACAUUUGGCCAAAGUCUUCCAUGUGCGCUGGUCUCCACUCCGGGAGGGCAUCCUAUGUUCUGGGUCUGAUGAUGGCACAGUGCGUAUCUGGGACUACACUCAGGACACCUGCAUAAAUGUGCUGAGUGGACACACGGCUCCGGUCAGAGGCCUCCUGUGGAACACUGAAGUGCCCUAUCUGCUCAUCUCAGGUUCUUGGGACUACACCAUCAGAGUGUGGGACACGAGGGAUGGGACCUGUCUGGAUACAGUCUACGACCAUGGAGCUGAUGUUUACGGUCUGACGUGUCAUCAGAACCGCCCGUUCACGAUGGCGAGCUGCAGCCGAGACAGUACUGUGCGUCUGUGGUCUCUAACUCCUCUCAUCUCUCCUCUGCUCCUCAACAUCCUCACAGACCAGCCCUGGGAAAGGAUCGUCGGAAACACCGAUACAGCGAUGGUCCCUGGUUCUCCUCCACUGCUCUGUGGAAAAGUGUCUCGAGACGUCAAACAGGAACUGGACAAACUCACCGUAAACAUCAGGGCCAAGAAGCUCCGGCUCUUCUCUGAAUGCUUCUCACCUCCAGGGGGCAGCUGUAACCUGUGGGACCUGGUGUCAGUCAUAAAUGGACAGGACGACUCUUUACUGCCCCCCAGCUACAGCAAAGGGGUAAUGCACAUGAAGCACCUGCUCAAGUUCAAAACGUCUGAGGCCCAAGAGCUGACCAUAGUGAAGAUGUCUAAGUUUGGAGGAGGCAUCGGAGCUCCCAGUAAAGAGGAGAGACUGAAGGAGGCUGCAGACAUCCACCUUAGACUGGGACAGAUCCAGAGAUACUGUGAACUCAUGGUCGAACUGGGACAGUGGGAGAGAGCAUUAUCUAUUGCACCAGGAGUGUCUAUGAAGUACUGGAAGAAACUCAUGCAGAGGAGAGCAGACCAGCUUAUCGCCGAUGAUAACGAUGAUGCUAUCCCAUACUGCAUUGCAACAGGAGACAUUAAAAAACUAGUGACUUUCUUCUCUGAGAGAGGGCAGCUGCUCGAGGCCUUACUAAUCGCACAGGGGGCUUGUGAAGGUAACAUCCGUGCUCCUCAAAGUUCCCCAAUCAACCACACAUCUAAUGACCUUGACAACAGACAGCAGUAUCAGGGUCUUCUGCACAAGGUCUGUAAGGAGCUGGCAGAGUGGUAUUUUCAAGACGGCCGUGCUGUGCUAGCAGCCUGUUGUCAUCUAGCAGUGGAUAAUAUUAAGUUGGCGAUGGCGAGUCUGAUCCGGGGGAAUGAGCUGGAGCUAGCGGCUUGUGUGGGCAUGGUUUUGGGGGAAGAGGCCAAACAUAGCACAGCCUACUGCUUGGAGCUUCUGUCCCGGAAGUACAUGACCACUCCAACAUGGGAGCUUUCUGCAGACCUGCUGGGAAUGAUUCCUGAAAACCACAUCCUUUUGGCAAAGCUCUGUGCAUUUUAUCCUGGAACUACAACCGAAAUCAACCAACUGCACCAAAGGUGUGGGCUCCCUUUGAUGGAGGAGUGUCAGUCUUUAGCAGAGGAGGCCAUGACAGAAGGAGACCUGUUUUCGUGUCUUAAAUAUCACCUUCUGAGCUCUGAACCGGAGACUGCUCUGAGGAUAGGAAUCAGCCAUGUCAAAGAGCAGCUGAGUGGAUGUGAGUGGACAGUAGACAGUCUGCAACCAAUUCUGGACCUCCUCAGUUACAUUAGAACAGACCGCCUCAUCUCAGCCAAACUCACAGAGCUGCGUAGCGAGCUGUUGAUCUUGUGUGGGUACAUAGGAGGCUUGUUGGCCAUCCAGAGACACUACACCAGCAUCGUGCCUGCUCUCUAUGAAUACACCAGUCAGUUGUUGAAGAGGAGAGAGGUGUCUGUGCCUUUGAAGAUCGAGCAGCUGUCUGUGGAGCUAGACGCCUGGAGAGCCUGCACUCACACACCAAACAGUUCUCCUUCAGAAAGCCAAAGGGAGGAGUUCAGCUGUUUGGAGCAGAGACUACAGCCCACAGACUCAGCUGUGUUAGUCCUGCAUGGAGCAGAUUAUGUGAUUGGAUCCAAUCUGCCAAGUCACUCCGAUGUCCAGCCCUCCUGCUUCACCGGACACAGGAUACAGGGCCCAGUGUUUUUAUUGGAGGACGGUAAAUCGGCCAUAUCUCUGAACGAUGCUCUGAUGUGGGCCAAAGUCAACCCAUUUUCCCCUCUGGGCACAGGAUUACGCAUCAAUCCCUUCUAAAACAAAUCCAAAACACUUUUACAUAAUUUAAAGGUUCUAUAUGUAG